UAGCCUUAGAUGAAAGUGGUUAUGCAUGUGGUGUGUAGGGUUCAUUAUUUUACUUUUCUCUUCUGCUGUCUUUCCCCUGCUGUUUUUAUUAAUUAUUUUGUCGCUGUUCUCCAUUCAGUAGGUUUGAAGGAAUUCUAAUUGUUGAGAUUAUGUUUCUUUAAAGGCUCACUUAGCCCACCUUUUGGAUGAAGGAAAAAAGACAAGAUUCUCUAAGAAGAGUAAAAAGUACACUUUAAAUAGGCAUUCAGAAAUGUCUGCUGAUGCCAUGCCAUUACCAUGUAAUCAGCAGAAAUGUGUUGGUGAAACACCCAUCAGUGACUUCACAAAAAAGCCACAGUCAGACAGACAACCUUUACCUUUUUCAGAAGCAUUGGGAAAUGUAGAUGCAAGUUCAGCUGAGAAAGUCAGAGGCCUGCCUGAUGUAGUUGUUCCUGAGGAAGCAGGCAGUGGUACAUGGAAGUACCUGGCAGAACGGCGGCAAAAUCGUCACGAUCGAGCAGUGACCGAAAUGCAGCAGGAGCUGGACGGCAUUGGCAGGGAGAUGGAAGCCUCUGUUUUGAAGAUUCAGGAAUUCCUUCAGCUUAAAGUGAUGAAAUCAGAUGAAAAGAGUAAACUUCUGUUUGAAAAGAUUGCAUCUGACAUGGCUUUGGAAGGUUUCUCAUUUGAAGGUUUGGAAGAACUGUGGAAUAUGAUCCAUGAAGAAUCCUCAAACAGAAAAAAGUGGAUUAGGGCAGUGGACGAAUCCCUGAAGGAGAUUGAAAGGAGUCGAGCUGUUAAAAUAGCAGAUGUACUGACCAAGUAUACCUUGAAACUGGAAGAAAUUUCUUUCUUCUUGGCAGCUGAUGUUCACAAGCUCAUUAACAAUAAGGCCAUGAAUAUAAACAGAGCACUGCUGGGUAAUGAGAGGGCGACUGCCAAGCUGCUCUUUAAUCUAAUGAAAUCAGAGCUUGAGAAAGACAAAUUGCAUCAACUGAAAUGGCAAGAGAGAGUCAAGGUCUGGAAGCUCAUCCAAAAGAACUGCAUAGUUCAGAGUUUCAGAGAAUUUAUGGCAAGUGAAGAAAUACAGAAUCCCCCAACUGUGAAAACAGAAAUGGAAAAUAUGAUAAAGGAGCAGAUUGUACUUAUUGAACAGAGACUGAGAGUUUUGCAGCACAUUGGCACCUUGUUGCCUUCAAAACAUACACAAUCUGACAUAAAUGAAUGGUACAGAACUCUGGAGAAUUUAAACAGAAGUAUCGAUACACAUAAUGUGGAGUGCAUGGAGAAAAUGCGCAUCCAGUAUGAGCUGGUCCAGGACAAAUGUCAGGAAAAAGUGCAGGUCUGCAAGGUGACCCUGUUGGAUAUUUGCACAGUAGAAGAUGUUGAAAUUGUGCAUUCCAACAUGCUCCAGAUGACUGAGAAACUAAAACAUAGGUUUGAAGAACAACUGGAGCACAUGAAUAGUGAUUUUAAGGAGAUGGCUAAAUGGCAUGAGCAGCAUUGUGAAGGCUUGUACAACUAUGUUCAGGAUGCCAUGGCUCUCUGGGAUGUCCAUCAGCUCCAACUGUCCCAGCUGGAAGAUGUACUUCAGAAGAAAGUAGAUGAAUGCAGAUGGGAACAGGAUUACAUAAUUCAGAUGAUGAAAGAUAAUCUGGAUACAAGUUUGGAAAAAAUGAAGAUGGCAAGCUGUGAAGAAGAGCUGAAGCAAUAUUUGGAGAAAGCCCUUUCCUCUUUAGAUCAAAUUAGAACUAGGAAUGAGACACUCAAGCAAAUUGUAAUGGAUGAAGUAAUGGCUUACCCAAAAGCUAUUUUGUGGGAAUUGAUUUCUUAUAGUAUAUCCAUCAGCCAGCAUUUUAGUGUGAAGGAAAUCUCCAAACAGGGCUCGAAGCAAGGACAUCCCAGCCCAGAGCAGAGCAGGACAAUGGCCUCUCUCAACUGGUGCCAGAAGAUAGGGACAGUUGUCAAAAAUCAGCUGGAGAAACAAACUUAACGGAGAAACAGGUGAUCUUGGCACAGGAAAUUGCAGAAACAGAGGAAGAAGAAGAUGAGGAGAGUGUUCCUCAUAAAAGUGAAGAAAAUGAGC